AUGAGCCACAAUGCGAUCCUCUAUGCAACUAAGCCCCUGCUAGCCAUUUGGACCCGAUUGCUGCCUAAAAUUAUCUUUGGACGUUCCAGCUCAAUGGUGGUACUCGCUAUUGGGGCUACUACUUUAGCUGGUGGCCUUGGGGUCAGCAUUUAUUCAGCCUACCUGGACCUUCGGUACAUGUGGAUUGAGCAUAAGCUUGCUCGCACUGCAGAGCUUCUUGCAAAAGUAGAAGCAAUACGUGCUGCCGCCGAUCGGAGGUACGAGUUUUUGGAAAAGCUCACUAGUCGGAGUAGACAGAUGACGGUAGAAAUUGAGCGUUUGCAAACUAAAAGGAUGGAAUUAGUGAGGGUUUUAGAUUUCAACCAGUUGCCUACGGCGUGCGCGGUUACAGAUGACGAGAACCCAGCGUUUGAAGGAUACGAUGUGGUGCUGCAAAAGAAAGAAACCACGGGGAAAAUUCUAGAGUUGGUGGCAUUGGAAAGGCAUUGGAAUGCGGAAAUGGAAUGGUGGCAUAAAGAAGCAGAGCCGGAAUUCAAGAGAAGGAUGGCCGCUCAGUCCUCUAUGCAGCAUCGAACUAUCUCCGAAAAGUGUUAA